AUGAAGUUCGGCCAAGGCUUGUUGCUCGCCGCCAGCGCGACGCUCUCUCUCGCCAAUCACCAACCCACGGUUGAUCUGGGCUAUGCCACCUAUCAGGGCUCCUACAGUUCCUCAUAUGGGCUGAACGUUUGGAAGAGUAUCCGAUAUGCAGCUCCUCCGGUGGGUAAACGGAGAUGGCAGCCCCCUGCAGCUCCUUUGCAGAACAACAGCCAGAUCACAUUAGCCGUCGAUCAGCCCCCCGUCUGUCCCCAGUCCGGGGCCGCUGGAACGCCAUACGUCUACGGCUUCAACUCGGGCCCGGGCGAUGAAGAUUGCCUGUACCUGAAUGUCUACGCUCCCCCUAAUGCGACGGACUUGCCUGUCCUGCUGUGGAUCCACGGCGGCGGGUAUGCGCUUUUUGGGGCGGAGUAUGACCCCAGUCCAAUGAUGAAUACCAACAACAAUGGAUUUAUCACGGUGGAGAUUCAAUACCGCCUUGGAGCCUUUGGAUUCCUCUCCUCCUCCGAGGUGAAGGAGCACGGUGUGACCAACGCCGGCCUGCUGGACCAACGGUUUGCUCUACAAUGGGUCCAGAAGCACAUCACCAAGUUCGGUGGUGACCCUAAGCGUGUCACCAUCGGCGGCGAGUCCUCUGGAGCUGGUGCGGUCAUGCUGCAUGCUCUGGCGUAUGGAGGCCAGGAGUUCAAUCUCUUCAACAACGUCAUCGCCGCGAGUGCCUAUUCGCCGCCAAGUUACAACUACAACGACAGCGUUCCUGAGCACUACUACAAGAACUUUGCUGAACUGGCUGGCUGCGGACCGAACUCUACAGCCCUCAGUAGAUACCCAACCACCUUUGAUUGCCUGGUGGCGGCUCCCAGUGCAUUGUUGCAGAAUGCCAGUGGAACCGUCUCUACCUCCGGCCUCUUCGGCACCUUUGCUUUCCUCCCCGUCGUCGACGGCGACCUGAUCCAGGAGCGGCCUUCUCUGCAGCUGUCACGCGGGAAAGUGAGCGGCAAGCGCAUCCUUGUUGGCAACAAUGCCAACGACGGCGUCCCCCUAACCAACCCCAAUGUUGUAACCCGUUCUAAGUUCAACGACUACGUCUCCAGCACCUUUCCCCGCUUCACCAAAUCCGACAUCUCCCUCCUCAACACCAUCUACCAUACCAAGGACUCCCAACCCGUCGACAACGGUCCCCGCUAUGACACCCUCGGCACCAGCGGCCCAACAGCAUUGAACCAAUCCGAGAUGGCCACCGGCCUCCAACAAACCGUUCUCAACAUCUUCGCCGAAACGACCUUCGACUGCCCCGCCCAAUGGCUCGCCCAAGCCUUCAGCCACGGUCCCCGGCAAGCCUGGAAAUACCAAUACUCCGUGACGCCCGCGUACCACGGCGCCGACCUAGCCGCCUACUUCAGCGCCGGUGCAACCUGGCCCGACGCGGGCUUCCGCAACGCAUUCCAGAAAUUCUGGGGUCAGUUCAUCAUAGCCGAUAGCCCGGUGAUUUCGCUCCGUGAUGCCACGGCCAAUAUGUCCAAUGCGUCCGUUCCCAUUGGCGCCAACGGGACUAUCGACUGGCCGCAGUAUAGCCCGCGGCACCCGUUCCAGAUGGAUUUGAAUACCACGGGCGGGUAUCUUAUUCAUGACGUGGUGACAUCAAAUCUCUCUUACUGGCUGCGCGAAGGUGACGGUAUCGUUAAUAAUUUCCGGCUGGUGAAUGCCUCGUCCUGGGAGGGCGGCCGCGGUGCUCGCUGUGACUUCUGGAGGGCUGUCUCGGAGCGGGUGCCUCAAUAG